AUGUCCAGCUGUAGGACGAGUAUUGUGUCCAUUCUGAAUAAUGAUGAUAACCCAUCUUUUGCGGUCCGUUCCGCACCCCGACUUAGUCGGGCUCAGACAUCACCAUCCUAUUAUCCACAUCAUUCAGAACAAGCCCCGCCCGUCGACGACCCACAACAUACCAGUCCCCAAAAAUCAUCCCAAUCCCCAGCAGCAUCACCACGAGGGUCCAAACGACACUUGGAAACGGUGACCGAAGUCGUCCAGCCUGCUUCGCCUGGGUCUUCGGAUGGCUCGGCUUAUGACUAUAUCACCAGUCAGCCAUCGGCUUAUCACCCGUAUGCCCGGCAGGAUCCGCGACGGGACCCGUACCGAUUCCCUGCUCGUGGUCCAGCAGCUCGAACGCCGCCUGAGACUCGUUCGAGCACAUCUGAACCAGCGUCUUCCCAGACUGGAGCACCGCGCGGCACUGGAAGAAAGAACAAGUACCCGUGCCCUUAUGCCGCAAGCCAUGGAUGCACUGCAACGUUUACGACUUCUGGCCAUGCUGCGCGCCACGGAAAGAAGCACACGGGCGAAAAGAGUGUGCACUGCCCAAUCUGUAAUAAAGCCUUUACGAGGAAAGAUAAUAUGAAACAACACAUCCGGACACACCGCACGCACUCAGAUGACAUACGCUCCACCUCGGAGCCGGAAACUGAUGCUCGCUGGGCGGUGGGUCGUCCCAACCCGGCAUACGCAUCUGCUUCUCACCAGCGCAAUAUCAGUCAACCCAUGGAGGCAGCUGUACGGCCUCCCCCAGGGACUGGUCCACAGGCGCCAUAG